AUGCAGGCGGUCAGCGCUGUUCUGCAGGGUAAGUACACCAUGAGCGGUGAACAGUUUGAGACGGUGGAAGUGGAUUUUGGUCGUUCUGCCGCCAAUAACAUUACGCAGGCAGGGGGACGCGAAUGGUCAAAACAGAAUGCUGACACCUUUGAUCCGACGCAUGAUCUGGAUGCGUACUGCGAUUUUGCUUCCGGUACCAUCAAUAUUGCGAUUAUGGACGGUACUGUCUGGCGUAUGCUGAACGGUUUUAAGCUGUUUCGUGAAAAACUGGAUACCCGCCGUGGCUCAAAAUCUGAACUGGAAACCGCGCUGAAAGAUCUGGGUUCCGUGGUUUCUUUUAAAGGUUAUUACGGUGAUCUGGCCAUCAUGGUGGCGAAAACAACGUAUGUUGAUGAAAACGGGGAUGAGCAGCGUUAUCUGCCGGAAGGCACACUGAUUCUUGGAAACACUCAGGUGGAGGGUGUCCGUUGUUAUGGCGCAAUCCAGGAUAACCAGGCGCUGAGUGAAGGGAUCACCUCUGCAAUUCGUUAUCCGAAACACUGGUUAGAGGUGGGGGACCCGGGGUGCGAAUAUACCAUGACGCAGUCUGCGCCGUUGAUGGUGUUGCCGGAUCCGGACGCGUUUGUGGUAGUUCAGGUGAAAUAA